UGGGCCGGGCCUCCAGGGGCCUGAGCUAGGCUCCCCGAGGCAGCAGAGGUUCUGGCCGUAGUGGGGCUCCAUCGGGCGAGCGGUGAUGAGUGGGACUCUGCGCCGCGCGGCUGCAGCUCUGCUCCGCUGGGGCCGCGGUUCGGGCGGCGUCGGCCUGCAGGGUACUGGCGUGCGGGCGGCGGGCUCGGGCGCCGGCGGCGGCCAGGCGGAGCAGCUGGACGCGCUGGUAAAGAAGGACAAGGUGGUGGUCUUCCUCAAGGGGACGCCGGAGCAGCCCCAGUGCGGCUUCAGCAACGCUGUGGUGCAAAUCCUGCGGCUUCACGGCGUCCGCGACUACGCGGCCUACAACGUGCUGGACGACCCCGACCUCCGGCAAGGCAUUAAAGACUACUCCAACUGGCCCACCAUCCCGCAGGUGUACCUCAACGGCGAGUUUGUGGGGGGCUGUGACAUCCUUCUGCAGAUGCACCAGAAUGGGGACCUGGUGGAAGAACUGAAAAAGCUGGGGAUUCGCUCCGCCCUCCUCGAUGAAAAGCAAGACCAAGACUCAAAGUGACAGCUGGCCGGCCUGGGUGCAGACUUGCUGCCGGAGAAGCCUUACCCCACCGUCCCCUGCUGCAGUGGCUGCUGGCACUGGUCCUCCUGGCUCAGCAGCGCACGGUGCUUACAGUUUAUCUGGUUCUGGAGCUAAGAGAUCGUGUUGUGAACUUGAUGACAGCCACUGCACUGUAAUGAUUCAUGUCAUAUUAUGAUAUUGCUGUAACAGAAGUUGUUCUUACAUCAUCUUUUGUUCUGUGCCUGACUCGGGAGCCGUUUGUGAUUCCUGCAAGUGUGUCCAUCUGCAAAGAUCUUCUCCUCCCCACCUUUGGGUAACAUCUGUUUAGGAAAAUGAUGGGCAGAGAAGAAAACACAAUAGUUGGGUGUUUUGUUUUUUUUAAUAAACUGCCAUUUCAGAUACCGUG